AUGCCCGUUUUGGUAGUCAUGAUGGUUUCACUUCUUUUAAACGUUCAUUUUUUAAUCCAGUGGAGACGAAGACAGCGAUUUUUGCUCUCCGAAGAAGAGAUCUAUCAGCUACAUUUAGCGCGCGAAGCUACUGCAGUUAAUCACGAGGGCCUGGAGGAAGAAAAUGUUGAAGUAAAGAAAAAGAAAUUUUUCGGCGGACGAUUUAAAAAGUGCAAGAAAGAAGGAGACAAAAGAGAGAAGGAUCAUGAAAAUAUACAGGACAGCAGUAACCUGGAUAAAGAAAAUGGAGAAGCAAUUGAAAUGCAAGAAAGCAAGGAUUUCUUGAACACGCAGGACGGCUCGCGCGGUCUUAAUAUCCCACGAGAACAGGACAGCUCGUGGGAAAAGAAGAGGCCGUGGGAGCAUGAUGAUGAUGAUGUCACGCGCGCUGAUGACAAUCAAGAGAUUCUACGCUUAGACGACAUUUUACGAGUGCAAGAGACAAGCACUCCCUUGCAAGACAGCAUGAACGAAUGGGAAAGCCCUCGCUCAAUUGACAGUGCGGGCACGAAAGGAAUACCACGCUUGGAAGAUAUUCUUCGCGAGCAGGACAGCAGCCUACCGACGCAAGACCACUCGCACGAGUUAGAUAGCCCUCGCACACAAGAGAGUCCACGCACAAAGGAAAUUCCUCGUUUGGAAGAAAUUUUUAGUGCAUCAGAAGGGGAAGCUAAAGAAAAUGUACACGAUGAAAUAAGACCCGAUGUCUCUGGUGCACACCGCGAGUCAGGUAGUUUGCAGGCUCCUAGAAUAGCAGAAUUCUUCUUACCUAGUGAUGAAAGCGAUGCGGAGCGUCAAAGCGUGACGUCAGAAGAGCCUUUGGUGAGUCAUUAUAUGGAGAAAAUGGAUUUUGAGAAGGAAAAUGAAGAUGAACAUGGCGAAGAACCUCUUGUAAGUCAUUACAUGGAGAAAAUGGAUUUUGAAAAGGGAAACGAGGAUAAUGUUCAAGACCAAGAACCACUUGUGAGUUAUUAUAAGGAGAAGAUGGAUUUUGAAGAAUCGAAAAAUGAUGAGGAACCGGUCUUAAAAUGA